AUGAGUAAGUGGUGCUCUGAAUGUCACAGCAAUGCCACCUGCAUGGAGGACGGUGCCGUCACGACCUGCUCCUGCCAGGAGGGCUUCACUGGCGACGGCCUGGCGUGCGAGGACCUGGACGAGUGCGCCGUGGCGGGGGCGCACAACUGCUCGGCCAACAGCCACUGCGUGAACACGCCGGGGUCCUACAGGUGCGUCUGCAGCGCCGGCUUCCGCGCGACGCCCGGGCUCGGCUGCGUGGACGUGGACGAGUGCGCGGAGCCAGGGCUCAGCCGCUGCCACGCCCUGGCCACCUGUGUCAACGCGGAGGGCAGCUACUCGUGCGUGUGCCCCGCGGACUACCCGGGGGACGGGUGGCACUGCGAGUGCGCCCCGGGCUCCUGCGGGCCGGGGCUGGACUGCGUGGCCGAGGGCGGCGCGAGCGUGUGCGCGGACCCGUGCUGGGCGCACCGCACCCUGGACGAGUACUGGCGCAGCGCCGACUACGGCGCGGGCUGCGCCUGCGACACCGACCUGCGCGGCUGGCACCGCUUCGUGGGCCCGGGCGGCGCGCGCCUGGCCGAGAGCUGCGUGCCCGUCCAGCGCUGCAACACGGCGGCGCCGCUGUGGCUCAACGGCUCGCACCCGUCCAGCGCCGAGGGCAUCGUCAGCCGCACGGCCUGCGCGCACUGGAGCGGCCACUGCUGCCGCUGGGACGUGCCCGUGCAGGUGAAGGCCUGCCCCGGCGGCUACUUCGUCUACAACCUGACGCCGGCCCCCGAGUGCCACCUGGCCUACUGCACGGACCCCAGCUCCGUGGAGGGGACGUGUGAGGAGUGCGGCACAGACAAGUACUGCGAAGCGGAUGACGGCAGAUGGCAUUGCCACUGCAGACAGGACAUCAACAUUACCGAUGUCUCCCUCCUGGAGCGCAGGCUGGAGUGUGGGGCCAACGACAUCAAGGUGUCCCUGGGCAUGUGCCAGCUGAAGAGCCUGGGCUUCCAGAAGGUCUUCAUGUACCUGCGUGACAGCCAGUGCUCAGGCUUCAAGGAGAAGGGUGAUUGGGACUGGGUGUCUGUGGUGACGCCAACCCAGGAUGGCCCCUGUGGGACAGUGAUGACGAGGAAUGAAACCCACGCCACCUACAGCAACACCCUUUACCUGGCAGAUGAGAUCAUCAUCCGUGACCUCAACAUCAAAAUCAACUUUGCGUGCUCCUACCCCUUGGACAUGAAAGUCAGCCUGAAGACGUCUCUGGAGCCGAUGGUCAGGUGCUGCCAGAGAGGGUCGCCAGUACCCCUGGACGGCUAA